GGAGGGUGAGGCCAGAACUGCGCUGCCGGGGCCUGCACGCAGUGAGCGCGGGCACCAGCAUCCGCCGUGCCUCGGCCGCACCAUGAAGGGUAGCCGGAUCGAGCUGGGAGAUGUGACUCCACACAACAUUAAGCAGCUGAAGCGGCUAAACCAAGUCAUUUUUCCUGUCAGCUACAAUGACAAGUUCUACAAGGAUGUACUGGAGGUUGGCGAACUAGCCAAAUUAGCCUAUUUCAAUGAUAUUGCAGUGGGAGCAGUGUGCUGUAGGGUAGAUCACUCCCAGAAUCAGAAGAGACUGUAUAUCAUGACACUUGGAUGCCUGGCACCCUACCGAAGGCUAGGGAUAGGAACUAAAAUGUUGAAUCAUGUCUUAAACAUCUGUGAAAAAGAUGGCACUUUUGACAACAUCUAUCUGCAUGUCCAGAUCAGCAAUGAGUCAGCAAUUGACUUCUACAGAAAGUUUGGCUUUGAGAUCAUUGAGACAAAGAAAAACUACUACAAGAGGAUAGAGCCAGCAGAUGCCCAUGUGCUGCAGAAAAACCUCAAAGCCCCUGGUCUUGGCCAGAACGCAGAUGUGCAAAAGACCGACAACUGAACAAACCCCCAACGAACACUUUCUUGCACUUGCUUGUCGCCAAAUAAGGAGAGAGAGGCCUAUUGGUUUUUUUUCCCUUUUCA